UGCUGUGUGGUGAGUUCCGGAAACCUCAGAGACCACAGAUUUCCCUUUGUGGGGCGCCCCGCCCCGACUUCAUCCUCAGCGGGCAGCCACGCCUCACUGGGGGAAGUUGAGACUGGAAAGUCUUUCCUUAAGGCUGGCACACCUUGCUGUGCCUCACCUGUCUCUUCCAGUCCCCUGACUGGCCAGCUCCAUCUGAAACCAGAGUGACCGGAGGAGGGAAAAGGUUGGAAAGAAUCACAUAGUUACAGGGAAGAGGCAAGGAGGAGAACCUACUUCCACCUGAGUCUGACCUUUCUAUCCCUGACUCAUUUCCUGCUGCUCUCUUUUUCUCCACUGCCCACAAGAGAUAGAGAAUAACAACAAAGUCCUUGGAAAUACUGCCCUGCUGUGGCAGUACUCUGUGCAUCCUUUGUGGGCCUAGCAGAGGAGGCUGUUGUGGUGGCCAUGGGAGAGAGUGGUCGCCUGAGCCGGGUGCUGUUGGAAUGCAGUCUCAGUGACAAGCUAUGUGUUGUCCGAGAGGGGCAGUAUGAAGUAAUCAUUGUUCCGGCUCUCUUGGUUGGCGGCUUCCUCAUCCUUCUUGCAAUCAUCCUGUGGCUUUUUAUUAGAGGACAGAGAUCCCAAAGGCAGCGCUCUGGACCCCGAGGUACUACCUCUGUACCUGCAUCUAGGGCCCGAAGCCAGGAGGCAGCAGGACACGGAGACAAAGUGCUCGUGCCUCUUAAGGAGACCUCAGUGGAGGGCUUUCUACGAGCAGCCACGCCCUCCCUGGCUAAGCUGCAGGUGCCCAGGGAACAACUCUCGGAGGUUCUGGAGCGGAUCCACAGUGGCAGUUGUGGGAACCUCUAUCAUGCCACCAUGACCACCAAGGAUCACUCUAAGCCAAAACGUGUUGUCCUCAAGGCUUUAGAAGACCAAGUUGGACUCCAAGAGGUCCAGGAUUUUAUAGGGCGAAUCCAAUUCCAUCAGUACCUGGGGAACCAUAAGAACCUGGUACAGCUGGAAGGCUGCUGCACGGAAAGGCUGCCUCUCUACAUGAUGCUGGAGGAUGUGGUCCCAGGGGACCUGCUCAGCUUUCUUUGGACCUGUCGCAGGGAUGUGAUGACCAUGGAUGGCCUGCUCUAUGAUCUCACAGAAAAACAAAUAUAUCACAUUGGAAAGCAGAUCCUUUUGGCCCUGGAAUUCCUGCAGGAGAAGCGUCUGUUUCACGGGGAUGUGGCCGCCAGGAACAUCCUGAUCCAAAGUGACCUGACUCCCAAACUUUGUCAUCUGGGCCUUGCUUAUGAAGUUCAUGCCCAUGGGUCCAUCUCCUCUGCUCGAUCCAGCGCCAUCCCUCUCAAGUGGCUCGCUCCAGAACGGCUUCUCCUAAGACCUGCAAACAUCCGAGGAGAUGUUUGGUCCUUUGGGAUCCUGCUUUAUGAGAUGGUGACUCUAGGGGCACCACCAUACCCUGAAGUCCCUUCCACCAGCAUCCUACAGUAUCUGCAGAGAAAGAAAAUCAUGAAGAGACCCAGCAGCUGCACACCUGCCAUGUACAACAUCAUGAAGUGCUGCUGGCGCUGGAGUGAGGACAGCCGUCCCUUACCUGGUGAGCUGCGCCUGCGCCUAGAAGCUGCCUCUAGAUCUGCCAAUGACAAGGCUGUGUUGCAAGUGCCAGAGUUGGUGGUGCCUGAACUGUAUGCAGAUGUGGCUGGCAUCAGUGCAGAGAGCCUUUCCUAUAGCUAUAGUGUCCUUUGAAGAUCCCAGACAAGUGACUAUAUGGGGUGGAAUGAGUCCCUUCGAGACCAGAGAGAAGGAACUUUCUAUGGCCCACCAAGGAAGGUAAAGGACAUGGAUCCUAUAUCUUCCCCUAAACAUUCCCCUAGAAUUAUGAAAUGCUGCUGGUUGAAGCUCUACCUCUACACAUCAUGUAUGUACUCUUGAGCUAAGAAUCAUCAUCAACUGAAGUUUGCUUUCCGGUCCCAAGGGCUGAAGUAUAAGUGGUGGACAGUGUCAUUCCAAAGGAGGUUUUUAAAAUCUGUAAUAAACUGUUAGGGAAUAGGGCAAAAGGGCUGGUCCCACCCACUCCAGGCUGGUUUACCACUGAAACUAUUUUUUUCUUAAAUCUAAACUAUUACAGAGUAAAAAUAAACAAGAGGGGGCAUGAAUGAAUAGCUUCUGAUUUUUAACCAUGAAUUGAAUACAGAAAUUCAUGAAAAAGAAAGCUCCGGGUUCUUUUUGCUGAGAAGUGUAAGGUGGGUCAAUAUACCAAUAUAUCAAAAACCUUCAAGGAAAUGUUUUUGUCUCCUCUAUGUUGAGGGGACAUAAAAGUCCUAUUUCCUUCAUGAAGAGCUGAAGAAAAACUAUAAGAAAUAAUACUGAGCUUUUCCUUGACUAUAUAUAGAAGAGUCUCCUUUUAUUGAACUCUGAGACAGGUGGUGCAUGUAUGAUACUGAGUUUAAAUAGAAACAAGAGGAGUCAUUUCAUGAUUAAGAACAUUGUUCAUCACAUUUGCUUGCUAGUUCCUUUAAGACUAAGGAGAAUCAGCCUAAAGACCCAAAGUUAGAACCAGGGAUAAAAAGUGUGUGUGUGUGUGUGUGUGUGUGUGUGUGUGUGUGUCUGUGUGUAACAAAUAGGAAGCAUGGAAGCCAAGCAAGAAGACUUAGUAAUCCAGGUGGUCAUUAAAAGGUACAGAGAAGAAGUAAUCUGAUAGGAGUGGAUGGUAGCUUUUAAUUUUAAACCAUCCAUUGAAAUACUGUGAAGCAACUCAUUAAGUUAGUAUUUAUUGACCAACAGUAGACUUUUCAGGUAUGUAGCUGCCAAAAAUCUCUACAAUAAAGAGGCUAAAAAAAUAAAUGGGAGUAAUUUUACUAGGAAAAUUAAAGAACCUACAUUUUCCAAAAGGGAGAUUCUUUAUGUGCAAAGUGAGAUGACUACCUCACAGGGCUGAUGUGAGGAACAAUGAGAAUAUGUAUUUGUAUAAUAUGUGGAAUAUAAUGUUAUCAAUAAAUAUUAGUUUUUCCCCCUAA